CGCCGCCAUCUUAGCUGCUCGCUCCCUCACUCCGCCUGGCUCUGCGGCUGAGGGGAGAGAGAGAGAGAGACCGACCGAUCGAGGGGGGGGGCUGUCCGGCACGUUUCGGAGCCGCGCUCGGGGCCCAUCGGUCGCGCCGCCCUCCGCUGAGGCGGGGGAGGGGGGGAACCGCGGAGCGGCCGGACCGCGCUCCCUCGGCCCAAGGAGCGGCGAGAGCGGGGCCCGCAGGGAGCAGCAGCCGCUGCCGCCGCUCGGGUGGUUCCGCCCCCUUCGUGGCGCUGGGCCUCCGGCCCCUGCCAGGCGGCCUCUGCCGAACCGGGAGGCGGCCUCGGCGGGUGAAGGGAGGCGCGGCGGGAGCCGGGGUCCCGGCCGGCGGGGCGGCGUGGACCCCGCCGCCGUUGUUGCUGCUGCUGCCGGGGAGGCGGGGGGCCCGGGCCGCUCUGGAUGGUGGUUAAAAUGAUCAUAGAAAACUUCGAGGCGCUGAAAUCCUGGCUCAGCAAAACCUUGGAGCCCAUAUGUGAUGCAGAUCCAUCUGCCCUAGCUAAAUAUGUUCUGGCUUUGGUAAAGAAGGAUAAAAGUGAAAAGGAACUGAAGGCAUUGUGCGUUGAUCAGCUGGAUGUAUUUCUUCAGAAAGAAACUCAGAUAUUUGUGGAAAAACUGUUUGAUGCUGUGAAUACAAAAAGCUAUCUACCUCCACCAGAGCAACCAUCGUCAGGAAGCCUGAAAGUAGAGUUUUUUCAGCACCAAGAAAAAGAGACAAAAAAAGAAGAGAUAGUGAAAGAGGAAGAGCGAGAGAAAAAGUUUUCUAGAAGAUUAAAUCACAGCCCUCCUCAGUCAAGUUCUCGCUACAGAGAUACAAGAAGCCGUGAUGAAAGGAAAAAAGAUGAGCGUUCUCGGAAGAGAGAUUAUGACAGAAAUCCUCCCAGAAGAGAUUCCUAUAGGGAUCGAUAUAACAGAAGAAGAGGGAGGAGUCGGAGCUAUAGCAGGAGUCGAAGUAGAAGUUGGAGCAAAGAGAGAUUGCGGGACCGGGAUCGAGACCGGAGCAGAAGCCGGAGCAGAACACGAAGCAGAGAAAGGGAUUUGGGAAAGCCAAAAUAUGAUAUGGAUAGAACAGAUCCAUUAGAGAACAAUUAUACUCCAGUUUCUUCUGUGACAAAUAUUUCAUCCGGCCACUACCCUGUCCCUACGCUGAGCAGCACUAUUACUGUUAUCGCUCCUGCUCAUCAUGGAAAUAACACUACUGAAAGCUGGUCAGAGUUCCACGAAGAGCAGCUGGACCACAACUCCUAUGGAAGACCUCCGCUGCCAAAGAAACGCUGUAGAGAUUAUGAUGAAAAGGGUUUCUGUAUGAGAGGAGACAUGUGCCCCUUUGACCAUGGAAGCGAUCCAGUAGUGGUAGAAGAUGUGAAUCUUCCUGGCAUUCUGCCUUUUCCAGCACAGCCCCCUGUUGUCGAAGGACCACCUCCUCCUGGACUUCCUCCCCCUCCACCAAUUCUGAGUCCUCCUCCUGUGAACCUUAGACCUCCGGUGCCACCACCGGGCCCCUUACCACCUAGCCUUCCACCUGUAACAGGACCACCCCCUCCACUUCCCCCAUUGCAGCCUGCUGGCAUGGAUGCUCCCCCAAACUCAGCAACUAGCUCAGUUCCUACUGUUGUAACAACGGGUAUUCAUCACCAGCCGCCUCCUGCUCCACCCUCUCUUUUUACAGCAGGUGUAGUACUGAGGCUUUGCCCACAAGAAACGUAUGACACAGAUGGCUAUAAUCCUGAAGCUCCAAGUAUAACAAAUACUUCAAGACCUAUGUAUAGACAUAGAGUACAUGCCCAAAGACCAAAUUUGAUAGGACUCACAUCAGGUGAUAUGGAUCUACCACCCAGAGAAAAACCUCCUAAUAAAAGUAGUAUGAGAAUAGUGGUAGAUGCUGAAUCCAGGAAAAGAACAAUUGGUGCAGGGGAUGGUGGAGUUCCUACAAAGAAGACUUGGUUUGACAAGCAAAACUUUAACAGAACAAAUAGUCCAGGUUUCCAGAAGAAGUUGCAGUUUGGAAAUGAAAAUACAAAACUUGAAUUGAGGAAAGUUCCCCCAGAACUUAACAAUAUCAGCAAACUUAAUGAGCACUUCAGUAAGUUUGGAAACUUAGUCAACUUACAGGUUGCCUAUCAGGGUGAUCCAGAAGGUGCCCUUAUUCAGUUUGCCACGCACGAGGAAGCAAAGAAAGCUAUAUCAAGUACAGAAGCAGUAUUAAAUAAUCGUUUUAUUAAAGUUUAUUGGCAUCGAGAAGGCAGUGCACCGCAAAUCCAAAAUACUCCGCAGAAGGUAAUACAACCCUUAGUUCCGCAACCUAGUUUACCGGUAGUGAAGCAAUCAGUCAAGGAGCGAUUAGGUCCGGUACCUGCAAGUAAUAUUGAACCUGCAGAAGCACAGAGUGCCAAUACAGAAGUCGCUCAGAAUGUGACUAAAUUAUCUGUGAAGGAUAGACUGGGUUUUGUGUCAAAGCCAGUUACUCCAACAACUGAAAAGGUUUUAUCCACUUCUACUGGCUUGACAAAAACUGUGUACAACCCUGCUGCUUUGAAGGCAGCACAGAAAUCUUUGCCUGUUGUUUCCACUUCCGUGCUAGACUCUAAUGAAGCACAGAAGAAAAAACAGGAAGCAUUACGACUUCAACAAGAUGUGAGAAAAAAGAAGCAAGAAAUCUUAGAGAAGCACAUUGAAACACAAAAGAUGCUGAUUUCAAAGCUGGAGAAGAAUAAAGCCAUGAAGUCAGAAGACAAAGCAGAAAUCAUGAAAACCCUGGAAAUUUUGACUAAUAGCAUUACGAAGUUAAAGGAUGAAUUAAAAGGUGUAUCACCAGGAGGAGGGGCUCCUUUAAAAAGCAUGAAAACUAAGACUCAGAUGCAGAAAGAGUUACUAGAUACUGAACUGGAUUUAUACAAGAAGAUGCAAGCUGGGGAGGAAGUUACUGAAUUAAGACGAAAAUAUACAGAACUACAGCUGGAAGCUGCCAAACGAGGGAUUCUUUCUUCAGUUCGUGGUAGAGGGGUUCAUGCAAGAGGUCGGGGUGCAUCACGUAGCAGAGGUAGAGGAAUACGAGGCCGGGGUAGAGGCAGAGGAGUUCCUGUGCAUGCAGUUGUGGAUCAUCGACCUAGGGCAUUAGAGAUCUCUGCGUUUACAGAAAGUGAUAGAGAAGAUCUUCUUCCUCAUUUUGCGCAAUAUGGUGAAAUUGAAGAUUGCCAGAUAGAUGACUCUUCUCUCCAUGCGGUGAUUACCUUUAAGACAAGAGCAGAAGCUGAAGCUGCUGCAAUUCAUGGAUCUCGUUUCAAAGGACAAGAGUUAAAGUUGGCAUGGAACAAGCCUGUUGCUAGUAUGUCAGCUGUUGAAACAGAAGAAGCUGAACCUGAUGAAGAAGAAUUUCAGGAAGAAUCUUUGGUGGAUGACUCGCUGCUUCAAGAUGAUGAUGAAGAGGAAGAGGAUAAUGAAUCUCGUUCAUGGAGAAGAUGAUUCAACUGAUCAAUGACAAUGCUAGAACUGCACCUGUGUUGCAUUAGUAUUACCUAAUGUACUUCUGCAUCUUUGUAUUAAAAGGGGUUUUGUGAUGAAGUUGGAUUCAGAUAUAGACGAAAAAGCAGCUGGUCGGUUAUACGUUUUGCGAGAUUGAUGUUUGAGUUACAUUUCAGUAAAUGAUUGCUAAAGACAUCAUACUAGGAACAUAUGCAAUGUUUUUAUUACAUAGUUCUACAGAAAGUUACAGAAUUCUUUGGGUUCUUUGUAAUUUACCGAAUUGGUCAAACACAAAUGACCAGAAGUUGUUAUAACAUAGAUAAUUUUUGUUCUAUUCCAGAUACGGAAUGAAAAUUUGCAUUUAAAAUCUUUGUGAAUGUUUUCAGAAAUGAAUAGAUAACAGUACUAAACUGAAGUCUCAAAAGUUAUGUAUUCAUAAUAUUGCAUAGUAGUAUGCUUAGGCUUUACUAUGUACUAGCCUUUUGUUGGAUUUGUGUACGUAUUUUACCUAUGGGUUUUAAUGAUAAAGUGUAUGACUGCUUUGCAUAUAAGUCCUUAUGACUUUAAGAUGUUAAAAAAUAAAGAAAUGGAAUGGUCUUCAAAAAAAAAAAAAGAAAAAAGAAAAAAAAGCAAUAACCAAAAAAGCUAAGGCAAAUGAAAAAAAAAAAAAAAAGAAAAAAAAAAAAGAAAAGAAAAAAGACCAUUCCAAAUGGCAACCCCCACCCCCAUAUUCACAAAAGGAGCUCUUAUCACUUUAUACUAAAACAGUAUUGAAUAUAAAAAAAAAACACUCUCAACAUAAUGAUGUUUCAGUUACAUUAACAUACACCCUGUGUACUCUGUUGCAUAAAAACUUUUGGAUGUUGUCUGAAUUUUAAACCGAUUUAAGUCAAAUGGUAAAUAGAAUAGUAUUCCAACAAUAAGGAGUUUAUUCAGUAUCCCUGCACUGUGCAACUGUAGAAGAAAAUUUGAUCGCACAGAAAUACACAAUACUGAAAUGUAAUUUAGAAAAAUACAUUAGGUCAAGUGGAACAUUUGGUGGGUAUUAUUCUAAGAACUUUGACUAUGCACACUGGUGCAUCAUUUUUAUUCCUGUGUUUCUAUGAUUACAUUUUUUCCAUGAUUACAUUUUUUCCAUUUCAAAAGUAAUAUUCAGCAGAUACUAAGUUCACACUAUAGUGCAUAUUCAUCAUUUAAAAACGUACAUACAUGAGAUGUUAGUAGAACUUCUACUCCACAGAAAUACUUAAUUUGCCAUUUCUAACAGGCCAUUCUGUUCUGUAAGGCCUGAAGUUUCUCCUUGUCUUAGGAAGGGGAAUGGCCUAGUCCUUCGCAGUAAAGGUCAUCUCUAACCAGAAAAUCCCGUUUUGUUUUCCAUUUGGUGGCAUUCUGCUGGCCUGUUUUCAAAAGAAAAUCCGUUUAUUAAGCAUUAGAUUUGCAGGGUUUAUUUUUGGUUGGGGUGGGGUUUUUUUCAUCCCCCAUCAACUCAUUAACGACUGCAGCAUAAAACCACUAUCUCAUUUAUCAAAUAGAUGCAGUUAGCAGUAUAUUUUCUUUAGUCCGUGUUUUUGUCUUUUUGGAGGGGAGGUAGGGGAGAACUGCUAUAAGACAUGUCCCUGACUUUUUUUUUUUUUUUAAAUUCCAAAAUAGGAAUGGAGGAAAGUAGUAGUAUCCCAGAGAGAAGAGCUCUGCCUGUAGAAUUUUUAUUCUGUACUUUUCAGUUAUUUGAGCGGGUUUUGAGACCUGGAUCCUGUUCUGGGGUUGUUUUGGGUUUUUGGUCAGUUUUGUGUUGUUUUUUUUUUUCCUAAGCCCCUGUGUGUAUGCAUAUCUUGUUGCAAAAAUAUGCACUUAAAAUUUUUGUAUAGUCUUAGUUUCACAUUGAAAUUUCACAAUCGACUGCCAUGCUUGUUACAGUAAGUUCUAAAUCUUGCCAUAAGGAAUUGUAUUUGAGGAAAUUGAUUUCCUUUUACGCUGAAUUUCAGGCAAAAUAAAAUAUUUUAAGAACCUUUUUAUCCAAUGCUCUGAAUGAGCUGUUCUAGUUCACUGGAUUAAAUACAAGCUUUCCUACUUUUCUCUUUUAAUAAUUUAGUACAGCUGAAGGGUGCCAGAUUGACGGUCCAGGAGGUGGAGGUUUUUUGUGUGUUGUCUUAAAGAGCAGAUAGAGCAGAGGAAAGGACUGUGGGUGCUGCCUUAAGGUGGUUGUGUUACAUGCUUUGGUGCUCAAACUUGUCUUUUCACUGCAGUCAAUCAGCACAAGCCACUGACAAUUAUUAGCGUGUUCUUUUGCAUGGAUGCUUCUUAUGAAUCACCUGAAAUUGCUGUAUCUCAUAAUUUUAAAAUUAAUAACCCAAGUUUGCCUGCUUGGUUUGAAUUCAGCCUGGUGAUGCAUCCAUGCGAGAUUUGUUUCUUAGUAACUGUUUUGCACCUUGGUCUACCUGUAAGGGGAUGAAAAUUUUUAAAAUUCUUUUUACCGCCUUCCUCCCCCAAACUUCCAUCAGUGAAGGGUGUCCCAGGGGGGAAUUCUUGCUGGCGUGUAUUUCGUCCCCUGCUGUCACCUUGUGACACUCUGAAUGAUUGAAAACCGCCUCAAUCGGAAUGGCUUGGUUUGCUCUCGCUUUAAGAAACAAACCCAAGUGUUUGUUUCAGUCAGAAGUAAUCUGUGAUUGUGUGCCAUUCAGCAGAAGAGAAUGGCGCCCUGGUUGCAGUCUGUGGAUUCUGUACGUAUUUGUGUCAUUAUCAAAUUACUUUUUUGAUUUGAUUUCCUUUUGGCAUGCUCUGACCUUGUAUUCCUUGCCUAGCUCUGCUCUCCUUUUUUUGCCACUACCUUGUCAUUUCAGUUCAGUCAGAUCCCUAUUAGCAUAGCCUUCAGUGAAGUCUGUUGUCACCUGCAGCAGCAUCUUUUCUUGUUUGAAUCAACAAACCGAGCAUCCUGCUGACUUUCAUUCCCUUCUUUUUACUUAAUUCAUCCUUCUGAAUGCAUUCCCAAGUAUGCCUCCACU